AUGGCUUCUUUGUCAGAAGUGUAUGAUCCACCUGUCCACCGGACCAAUCUGGUCGAUCUCAGUGAUUAUGAACGUCGGCAAGCCUACGGUCGGCUGGAGAAGGAAAUCUUCCUGGCGCGAUUCGGAUCUCCAAGUCCGCCUCCGAUUGUUACAUCCACCACGGUCCUCCCGACUAUCCCGACCAUACCUAUAUGUUGCGGGAUGAGACCUGAUCUCACCAUCAUCAAACUUAUAGCCUUGGCGAUCAUUAAUCAUGCGGACCGCUCACCUACAGGUCAAGAGCUACUGCUCUGGAUUGAGUCACGCUUCAAGUAUUUCGUCAGGCAUCCGGUGGCUCUCGCUCACAUCAGGAUCAGGCUCCAGGAUGUCUUCUUGGAGUACGACCCACCCGUGGUUCCGCUGAGCGGCAAUGCCUAUCAACACUUUGCUAUGCCUUGGGACGCGGACAACAUUCUCAGCCUCCGCUACGCCAUCGUCGUCGGUCACUUGAACGUCAUCUUUCCGCCUCCUCGAGCAUUCUCUAUGAACUUUCGUUUCAUGAAACUUCCCUCGGAAUUACGCCUUCAGGUGUAUGAAUAUACUCUCGGGAUGCCUUGCAGGCAGUUGACAACGGCGCAAUUGCAGAGGAGCGACCUGGGCAAGAAGGAGCAAAACCGCCUUCUCAGUAUGGUGCGCUACGAUGAAAACAGUGACUGGAAGGGCACUACCUUGUUCAGGUGUCCGCGAGUUGGUACUGUCCUUGCUCUGCUGUUGGUUUCCAGAAUGGUCCGCAAAGAGGCUCUGCCAAUAUUCUACCGUAUCAAUACGUUCACCUGCAAGGCGAUCUUUGGGCUUACGAUGGUUCGGACCAGCAUGGGUGCCGCCCACCACAGCUACGUUCGCAAUCUCGUUAUCGAAUAUCCGUACUGGCCAUGCGGACGACGUGUCCGGGAAACGUUGGCUGACUGUGCAGAAUUGGAGAACCUCAGUCUUUGGCUUAGCCGUCCCAUCGACGAACCUGAUUCCAUGGGCAUUCUUGUUGAUUACCAUGAGCUUGGCAUUCUUCGAGGAGUCAAGAAGUUCGCGGUUCACGGUGAGGCCCCGCAAUCAGAAAUUGAUACGAUCAGGGCGUAUUUGGAGUCGCUGGUGACGCAGCCGCGCGAGAAGUCAGAAAAAGUUGCAGUUGAAGAGCCACCGGCGAAGAGGCGAAAGAUUGGACCGGCGUGA